UGACACGCUGUACCUUUACGUUUUUUUGUGAGAAACGUUAUCUCCGUUUCAAAGAUAAAGUGACAGCUGCAUCUAAAGUACAGUAAAGACCCUUCCACACACACACCUAAUGGAGUUUCAUGAAACCAGCAGACAUAUGCACCAGGAAGAUAAUAAUUAUGAUCAAAUACGGACAGCUCAUAGCGAUAGAUCAGGAUCUUUUGGUGUGAAGGUACAGGUACAAGGAAUACAGGGCCAUCCAUAUGUGGUGUUGAAUGGUAAGUCUUCAGAACCUCCUGCACACAGAGAUGUCCUCUUUAUGGAUCAACAACACAGAGCUACAAAUGGACAAGCUUCCAGUGUCCAAGGCCCUCUAAUGGAUUAUAGAUCAACAAGACAGAUGAAUAUAUCUUCAUUGGUUCCAUCGUCUGUCAAUAGUCCACCUUCUGCCUUGCUGAACUCCCAGAGACACCCUUCACUUCUCAGACCCUGUGAUAUCAGGAGUUCAGCUCACUCAGACUUAAACCAAUUUAGCACAAAUGCACCUUUUCAUGCAUCUAAUGUAAUGGUAAAGAGAGCCAGGAUCCCUCUGCCCGGAGCAGGGAAAGUGAGUACCAAAGGCCAUCUAAAUUCUAGAGAAGCAGCAGCAGAAAGUGUACCUUGCCGCCCUUCACACAUUGUGUGUAGGCUGUCCGUACCUUAUUCUGAUGAAGACCAUAGACAGUCCUUGCAGAGGAUCGGAAGGGUUAGACACAGAAAUCAGGUAAAUUCAGAGGACAGGAGACGGUCCCAAAGUGCUGGCACAUCUAGUUCUGGUGGCUCUUCCAGGACAAGCCCUGUUCCUGCAAGAGUUCAAGUGGUGGGAAAAGAAGCAAGUGCAGCACCAGCUUUAACAGCUGGCAGAUUGUCUUGUAAUAACAGCAUUUCAAAACUGAGAACAGUAGAAAGCAUUUAUACAGCUGAUAUAAGAACUUUAACUGCAGCCCAGUUUGAAGGACUGAAAGGACUGAAAAAUGAAAGAUUACAAGAGCCAAGAUCAGGAGAUAUUUACAGGGAUCUGCCAAGAUGUUUUCAGCAAAAUGGUGACCACUCAAAGACAGAAAGGGGAGUCAAGGCUCCCCCAGAUAUUUUGAAAGGACAGCAAGAACUACUAGACCAGCCAGAUGAAGAUGCAACUAAGCUAGUCCUGUUCAACUAUCUCAAAGAAGGGAGUGUUGAGGACAAUGAGGUUAUCAGGCAGAAGGUAAAUCUGCUGUUUGAGAAGAUCCAGAUGUUCAGGUCAUAUGCUGCCCAAGACGUGGAGGAGAUUUCUAGGUCAGAGGCUAGAGUAAAAGAUCUUCAGGAUAAAAGGGCGGAACUGGGGAGUCAUGUCACUGAGCUGAAGCAACAUCUGGAGGAGGAAAUUAAGAAAAGAAAGAAUUUGUCAGAGAAGAGUGAGAAAAUUACAGAGGAACUAAAGAAGCUUCAGGAUAACUUAAGUAAGAGUGAACAGGAGCAAGUGUCACUUCGGCAGCGACUCACUGACAUAGAGAAAGAACUGCAAGCGUCCCUGGAAGAAGUCUUGCUGUUAAAGAGGGAGCGAGAACGGAGUCGGGCAGAAGCAAAGAGUUUGCAGCAGCAGCUUUCCGACAUGCAUGAUGAACUGGACAAUGCCAAAAGCUCAGAAAACCAGGAGAGAGACACUGUCCUACAGGAGCUAGUAAAUUUGCGCAUGGAGUUUCAAGACUUGCAGCAGGUGCAUGAGGAACAGGAGGAGAUGCUGCACUGGAAGGAAAGGGAGCUGAUUGCCCUUAAGGGGGCACUGGAAGAGGAGAUCUUAGCACAUGCCCAGGAGGUGGAAAUGCUGAAGGAGCAACACAAGCAAGAAAUCCAAAAGUUACUCAAAGUCACAGAAGACGCUAAAGAGAGCAUCACAGCUGUGGCUCAGAAGAAAAUAGAGGUGGAGGCUGAGAUGAAAACUAGUCGGGCCCAGAUUGAGGAGCUCACGUUGGACAAAGAGCUACUCCUUGGACAGAUACACAGUCUGGAGACCCAAAUCACCACUCUUAGCAACAUCAUCCAGCAGUCCAAGAGCCAAGAGAAACAGCUCAAAGAACGCCUGAACAAGCUUAUGGAGGAGAAACAAUUGCUUGAGGAAGAGUUUUCUGAGGUGAGACAGCAAGAGGAAGACAUGUGUAGUGCCAACAGAGCUCUGACCAGACACCUCGAAGACACACAGAGUGAGUUCACCAGGUUAAAUCAGGAACACCGGCAACUUAAGGAGAGACUGAGGGAUGAGGAGCGACAGGUAGAGGAGCUAAGGCAGAGCAAGAGGGAACUGGAGCAGGAGAGAAGGAAGCAGGAUAAAACCUUUGAGGAAUUACAAGAAGAGAUAAAGGCAAUGCUGGUGGGUUCAGAGAGUGAAACACAGAAGUUGCAGGAUGAGGUGGAUAAAGCCAAAGAUCAUUGUUCAAAAGAGCGUAGUGCCCUCAGUAUACAGCUUCAAAACACAGAAACUGAGCUAAAUAAACACCAGCAAUCUGCAGAUGAAAGCCAAAAGAAGCUGUGUGGGCUGGAGGCCGAGUUGGCUCAGCGUGAAGCAGAGGUGGAGCAGGCCGAACUUAAGUGCAAACAGCUGGAGAUGACAGUAGAGGAGCUGCAAGAAAGCAGCAAAACUACACAGAAUGACAGAGACAGACAAGUUAAACUUUUGGAGGUGCGAGUGACACAUUUGCAGGAAGCUUUGGCAGAGGAACAUAGCAGUGGUGACGAUAUGAUGGACAAAAUGGAAAAAAUGAAAGAAGAGGUUGAGCUGGUAAGAGCAGAUUUGCUGCAGGAAAGAGAAGUGAAUCAGGACUUGGAGUGUGACAAGAUCAGUUUAGAGAGACAGAACAAAGAUCUAAAAAGUCGGGUGUUCUACCUAGAAGGCUCCCAGAGGUCUGAACGAGAAGGACUUGUGUCCAAACUGGAGCUUCGAAUUCAGGAGCUGGAGGAAAGACUUCUUGAAGAAGAGAGAGACAAGAACACUUUGCAGCAGGCAAAUCGUAAGCUUGAGAGGAAGAUUAAGGAGAUGACCUUGCAGGUGAAUGAUGAACAGCUCCUGCUGCAGAACCAAAGGGACCAGUUAACCCUGCGACUGAAAACACUAAAGAGGCAGCUGGAUGAGGCAGAGGAAGAGAUUGAAAGACUUGAGAACAGCAAAAAGAAGCUUCAGAGGGAACUGGAUGAACAGCAGGAGAGUAACGAGGAGCUUCAUAGCCAGCUUUCAGUCCUGAGAACUGAACUCAGGCGUAAAAACAAACCAAUUCUGAAUACUCUUGAAGAUGAAGAGGAAGAAGAGCAUUAGAACAUCAGAGUGAAUAACUAGAACACAAAGGAACUAAACUAUUAUUGAUCAUUAAUCUGUUGUCUGCACACAUUCAGUAUGAAUUAAAACAUUAAGCUGAAACACAGAUAAAAUUACAUUGAAACAGGUCUUCUCAUCCAGCAUCAGUGACUUGAUUUUCAUGACAUGGACACAAAUUCUCACAGCCUUUCCAGAAGAGUGAAAGCUAUUGUGAUUACAAAAGAACCAACUCUGCUUUACUGCUCAUGGAAUCAGGGGAAGUCCAACUUAGUAAUGGCCAGGUGUCCACAAACACCCUUAAUGUACAAACACCUUUUCUGGGAAAGUUUGGAAAAUCUUUAAAAAUGUUACUUUUACCCAAUUCAAACAUGUUGGUCGGACAAAAUUUCUUUUUGUCAGUUAAACAAAGGUUCAAUGGAAUUAAAUGCUUGCAGAGUAAACAGGACACAAGUACAGGAACAUCACAAUCGUGCUGUUUAAGAAAUGGGAAGACAACAACUACACACUCAAGAAACAAUCUAUUAUGCAGAGGAAACUCAAUUAUUGGAUAAUUUUACAACAAAAGUAGUUCACUCAUUUAGAUUCUUGAUUUCUCAGAUUAACAAAAAAGAACACUCAGACAACCUUCAGAUUAGAAUACAAUAGAAAGUAAUUCCUAGCACAUGUAGACAGGAGGACCACAAGGGACAAGAAACAGAAAGACAAAAGGACAAAUACAAAGAUCUAGGUAGACAAAGAAACAAUGACUGACUGAUCUAACCCUAUGCUAAUGCUAUCGGCAAAAAAAAUGAAAAGAUGUCCCAAACUAAUCUAAUAUUAAAUCCUACACUAACAUGAAGUGCUAAUCCCUAUGCAGACACUAAUACCAACACUAAGCUAACUUACAAGGAACUACAAGACAGAUACACAAGACAGGAGACAAGACCAACAAUUAGAGCAAGGAGGAGCAGGACUGAAACAAGACAUGAACAAGACAGAAUUAUGGACAGUAACCAAGGCAGAAACAGAGACUGGAACAGAAACAAGAGUUACAAGCAGCAGGAACAGCAGUAAUGACAAACAAGUUUAGGAUCACAGACAAAGUCAGAAGGCACAAGGACAAGUCAGAAACAGUCAGAAUCAAUGACACACAAUUACAAGCAAAGUCAGAAUGACCCACAGGGAAGACAGUGAAAUACUCUGAACAAUAAUUGAAACAUGAGGAUCAGCUGUGGGCCAUAAACAUGAAAACCAGUAAGAAGGAAGGGGCGAAGACAGAAGGGGUGUGAGACCAAAACAAAAACAAUGAAUACAUGAACAGUGACAGGGAGGGACUAAAAUUGUUGUAGAAAAUGAACACAUUGUUUUUAUUGCUUUUUACAAAACAUUUAAACAUUACAAUUGUUACUAAUAAUGUGGUAUUUUUUACAAAUGCAUCUUUGAUUCUGGUCCCAAAGUACAUUUCAUUGUUUCUAGAGUGUCCAACGCACUUGAUUCAACCAAUUUAAAAGCAAACAUUUGGAUUUGUAUAUUAUAAAUUAUA